CAGGGCAAAGUUUGCAGCGGUUGAUGAAAAACUCCACGUCGCUGUGCCUGUAGAUGUGAGUGAGAAGGCAUGAUUGAGCGUUCAACACACGAGUAUGCACCUGAUGUAUCGUAUUCACCAACACAUGAUACAUCUGCUACCGAAACGAUUCAACAGUGAAGCUUCUUGAUGAACGACAGCGGGAAGUGCAGUGGCCAAACAAUGCCGCUGGAUUUGGACUUUGACCGGCGCAAUGCCAAAUCAGACGAUCUAGAGGAGGACAAGGAAAUUGCACACCAAGCCGUGCUGUUAGUCAUGAGCGGCACAAAGAGGGGGGCAGUUCACCUGUGCGCCAGAGUCGCAGACUUAAUGCGGGAGAAUAGAAGCCUUCAGCAGACCAUAGAGGCACAGAAAGCUCUCAUUAGGCGGCUGAGAUCUCUGUGCUUUCUGGCCCAUUCACCUGAUGACCCUGCGAGUCCUGAACCCCCCAGCCAACCGCAGACCUCUUCUUCCUCACCCUCACCUCGCCUCCCUCCUCUCCCUCAGUCAGGCUUCAACCUCCUUUCUCCCUCUCUUUCUCCACCUCCACCUGCCUCCUCUUCUUCAUUCUACCUUCCCUCUCCCUCAGCCUCCUCUUGCAGUUCAGGAAGAGGGAGUUUGUCAUCUACCACCACCCCUCCCUUCCUGCCUCAUCUCACAGAGACCCCCCAUCCUCAUCCUCCCAUCAGCCUUUGUAACCACCAGGCCUUGUCUGUGCCAUGCACAGAGGGGAACAAACUACCCAUCAUUCCUCACCCUCCCUCCACCAGACAGAGGAGCAAUGCAGUCAGGAAGCCAGGAGGCAGGAGGACCAUAUCUUCAGGUUAUGGGGCAACAUCAUCUAAGACACAACGCAUUCUCAAGAAAAGAGGCUGUUUGCAGAGGACGACUUUGUGUGGAAAUCCUUUGAGAGAAGACAAGGAGGACUCCAAAGAGGAAGAUGACAAAGACGAGGCUUUGGAGGAGGCAACACUUUCCCAGGGAGAGGUCCUUCAUCCAAGCUCCAUUAGGAGGAAACACCACUUAAAUGUGAAUGAGCAAGUGGCUGUAGAAACCAGAAAAGAGAAAGAGGAAGAGUGGGCAGAGAGGGGAGAAGUGGUGAAGUUUACUGGACCUCAAUGGGCAACCGACUCUACAGAUGUCAACAUCAGUGUGGAACAGAAUAUACCCUGUGGUGAAAAUGACAGCUGCCUCGGUGGCUCCAGAUAUUUUAACUGUGGGCACAGCCAGGGAGAGUUCACUGUCAUAAAAGACGUCAGGAAGCUCUCCUCCAACUCUGCCCCUCCCACAGGCAGACAUGCACUGGAUCCUUCCCCGUCAUCACAAGGCGGAGACCUCCCCAAAAAGCUCCUUGUUGUCAGCGAGGAAGGACAGUCAGACUGCCGAAACGAGCACUCAGAGCAGGGAUGCAACAGUGACGAGGGAGGGGAAAGGUCCGAGAAAAGAUCAUGCUGAGAGUCUCGGCGUAUUUCGAGUCAAAGCUGAGUGAGCAGACCUUUGGACUGGCCGAACACUGACACCACACAUCCAGAGAGCCUGUAAAAUAAUUAUUGUGAAGGUUCAGUAAGUCAUGCACUGGUGACACUCACAUCUACCAGAUCAUCCUUGAUGUCUUUGGGCAAUGGACCGGCUACAUCCAGAGUGAUUUCUGAAGCUUUCCCUGCACCUCCCUCUGUCUGGAGGAAACGAAAUAGAACUUCACAGGGCUGGGUGAUGUGGAUCAAAUAUGGAAAAUCAACUAUCACAAUAUCUGAAUACAUCAGUGUCAAUAUUGUGAUGAUGUUGAAGGUCUACUAAGUUCAGAAAAUUACACCCUAUUACUGUAAUGCAACCUUUAACACCAAGAAAAGACAUCACUGACACCACACCACAGAAUCCAAAAUGCCAUGAUAUCACAGUAUUGAUAUAUUGCCCCUAAAUUCUCUGCUCCUUUUGUUUUGCUGUUUACUCCAGCUGCUCUUUCUCUUCUGUACUGUACAUCGUCAUGGGUUUCAAUUUUGUCACAUCCUCUUUAUUGUCAAGAAUAGUCACUGAACCGAUGCAGGAAGAGCCCCAAAGAUUUGAGGCAUUUACACCAAAAUACAGCUGUACUGUCAUACUGUAAUGAAUAGAUACAUUUCCUGACUCAACCACCAUGUCUGCCAGGCUCUCAGCAGUGGAGCUCACCGAGCCAUGGACGUCAAUCGUCUUUAUACAUACUCCAUGCUGUUACAUACAGUGUUGUAUCACCCUAUGAAGGAAAUAUGGAUCACACUGCAGGUUUAGGACUUGUAAGGCAAUCUUUAUUGCAUAUGAAUGACAUGACCUAGUGUUGCACCCCUUCAACUGAUGUGAUUUGACAUGUAUCUGAGCUCAGUAAUGGCUAUACUUACACCUGUCUACAUACGGUUGUCAUUAAUAGUCUGGUAUGCACUUGACACUAGCACCCAUUUUGUACUGUCGUGUCAUCAACUAGGAGGAGCAAAAAAAAAAAAACAAAACAAAAAAAAACUACACAGCACAGGGAUUGGAAGUUUGUUUUAUG